AUGGUUGUCUCCAUUAUUUUGUCCCUGUGUAGUGUUCUGGUGAUAGUGGCUGUGGGUGGGACUAGGAAUGAGGAAGGUGUUGAGAGGGAAUGUAGACCCAGCCUGCCACCCCGCUGCCCUCCCUUACCCAGUAGUGCCCAGCCCCGGACACACCCAGGGUUUGCAGACCUGAGCCGAGAGGAGCUGAUGGCUGUGAUGAGCUUUCUGACCCAGCAGCUGGGCCCCCCCGGCCUGGUGGAUGCAGCCCAGGCCCGCCCCUCGGACAACUGUGUCUUCUCGGUGGAGCUGCAGCUGCCCCCCAAGGCUGCAGCCCUGGCCCAUCUGGACAGGGGGAGACCCCCACCUGCCCGGGAGGCACUGGACAUCGUCUUAUUUGGUGGACAAGCCCAGCCCAACGUGAGUGAGCUGGUGGUGGGGCCUCUGCCGCACCCCACCUACAUGCGGGAUGUGACCCUGGAGCGUCACGGGGGCCCCCUGCCCUAUCACCGACGCCCCAUGCGGCUCCGGGAGUACCUGGACAUAGACCAGAUGAUUUUCCGCAGAGAGCUGCCUCAGGUUGCUGGGCUUCUGCACCACUGCUGCUUCUACAAACGCCAAGGAGGCAACCUGGUGAUGAUGAUCACAGCGCCCCCUGGUUUGCAGUCGGGGGACCGGGCUACCUGGCUGGGCCUCUACUACAACAUCUCAGGGGCUGGGAUUUAUCUGCACCCCGUGGGGCUGGAGCUGCUGGUCGACCACAAGGCCCUGGACCCUGCCCACUGGACCAUCCAGAAGGUGUUCUUUCAAGGCCGCUACUAUGAGAGUCUGGCUCAGCUGGAGGACCAGUUUGAGGCCGGCCUGGUGAAUGUGCUGCUGAUCCCAGACAAUGGCACGGGUGGGUCCUGGUCGCUGAAGUCCCACGUUCCCCGGGGUCCGGCUCCCCCACUGCAGUUCUAUCCCCAGGGCCCCCGCUUCAGUGUCCAGGGAAGCCGAGUGGCCUCUUCACUGUGGACUUUCUCCUUUGGCCUCGGAGCUUUCAGUGGCCCAAGGGUCUUUGACAUCCGCUUCCAGGGGGAGAGAAUAGCUUAUGAAGUCAGCGUCCAGGAGGCCUUGACCGUCUAUGGUGGCAACUCCCCCGCGGCGAUGCUGACCCGCUACAUGGACGGCAGCUUUGGCUUGGGCAAGUAUGCCACGCCUCUGACCCGUGGGGUGGACUGUCCCUACCUGGCCACUUAUGUGGACUGACACUUCCUUUUGGAGUCCCAGGCCCCCAAGACAAUACACGAUGCCUUUUGCGUGUUUGAACAGAACCAGGGUCUCCCCCUGAGGCGACACCACUCAGAUUUCUACUCCCACUAUUUUGGGGGCCUUACAGAGACAGUGCUGGUCAUCAGAUCUGUGUCUACUCUGCUCAACUAUGACUAUGUGUGGGAUAUGAUCUUCCACCCCAGUGGGGCCCUAGAAGUCAGAUUCCAUGCCACAGGCUACAUCAGCUCAGCGUUCCUCUUUGGUGCUGCCCAGAAGUAUGGGAACCAGGUUGGGGAGCACACGCUGGGCACUGUCCACACCAGUGUCCACUUCAUGGUGGAUCUGGAUGUAGGACGACUGGAGAACUGGGUCUGGGCUGAGGACAUGGCCUUUGUCCCCAUGGGGGUACCCUGGAGCCCCGAGCACCAGAUGCAGAGGCUGCAGGUGACCCGGAAGCUGCAGGAGACAGGAGCAGGCCUGUACCUGGCCAGCAACCACAGCAACAAGUGGGGUUACCCUCGGGGCUACUGCAUCCAGAUGCUCAGCUUUGCUGGGGAGCCGCUGCCCCAGAACAGCUCCAUGGAGAGCGCCUUCAGCUGGGGGAGGUACCAGCUGGCCAUGACCCGGCGGAAGAAGGAGGAGCCCAGCAGCACCCGCAUCUACAAUCAGUACGACCCUCGGGCCCCCACCAUGGACUUCACCGGCUUCAUCAACAAUGAGACCAUUGCAGGGCAGAAUUUGGUGGCCUGGGUGACAGCUGGUUUCCUGCACAUCCCACAUGCAGAGGACAUUCCCAACACAGUGACCGUGGGGAAUGGUGUGGGCUUCUUCCUCUGACCCUACAACUUCUUUGACCAGGACCCCUCCUUCAAUUCUGCUGACUCCAUCUACUUCCAGAGGGACCAGGAUGCUGGGGACUGUGAGGUCACCUCCCUGGCUUGCCUCCCCCAGGCUGCUUCCUGUGCCCCUGACGUCCCUGCCUUCUCCCACAGGGGCUUCUCUCACAACUAA